AUGGUUUAUGUUACUGCUGCUUGCCCCGAUGGGGGGGAGAUGGUCGUGAUGGUUGAGAAGUCGGGGGUGAGGAAGGAGACCGCACCGCCAAAGGCUGUCGAACAGCAAUCCUACGUCGUCCUGCGCCGAUCUAAUACUGACGAAGUUAAACACAUUCUUGGACCCUCUGAGAUCGUUGGCAACUACCAGACCCUCGCGGAUGCCAAUGCCGCUGCGCGAGACUAUUUUAUCAAAGGGCCGGGACGCGAGUACUUCAAGAUAUGCGAGGUGAAGGAGGUGAAUGGCAUGGUGCAUGCUUACGCCAGGAGCCACGAUGGGUACCAGGACGUGGUCGUGAUCGUUCAUAAGAAUACAGCGUCUCCAUCGAAAGUUACCGCGCCGCUGAAUCCUAGGUACUUGCGAUACGCUCGCUGCUGCCAAUGA